AUGACUUACAGUGAAGGAAGUUAUUUGCGGGAACGCGGUGAUGUUGUUCUCGUAGAUGCCGGUGAGAUGACAGGCCUCCGCGUCAACGACUACUGCGCCGAUCUGCGCCGCGACUUGACUUGGAACAUGAAGAUGUGUGUUGCCCCGCCUUCGGUACCCAAGUGCUGUCCCAGCGGACAGGCACUGAAGCAUGGAAAGUGCCAGAACGCCACCACCCCUGCCAUUCUUGCACCUCCCAUGUCCAUAAGCUUGGAGAAAAGACCCGUACAGUUUCCGGUUAUUGAGAAUCACUAUAACCCCUUAAACUGCACCUCAAUUCCUCUGAGAUCGGUACCGUUAACUCCAAAACAAUCCUAUUUGUUAUCAGUUCCAACAGGGCUCGUUCACGUCUGGCACCCAGCUGACGGUCAUGUUAAGGAUCACUACACUUACCCUCCUAACCUUUGCGUUGAUGGCUACGUUAACUCCAACGGAUCAGACACUUACUCCGUCAAUUUUUGCUACUCACACCCAGACCAGCAGCGAAAAUGCGAGGGACAUAUUUGUGUGCGCAAGUGUUGCCCUGAUGGCGAGGAAAUGAGCCAAAUGCUGUAUCGGUGUGUUCCCUCCAACUUCACGGACUUCAAGCCUGUCUUCACUUAUCCUCCCAACGAUUACAGAGUAGUGUAUGGAAGGCCAACAUGCCAGUUCCAAACAGUGGUGAACGAACCCAACAUUGACAGCAGAGGUCGUUAUCACUUCCAUGACGAUAUUUUGACGGCGAUGGAAUAUUGUGUGGAUAAGUUUAAUGAUGGUCGGGAGAUAGUUGAAGACAUGGCAAUAGUGUGCAUCAAGGAGCCAACGAAACUGUGGUCGAGGAUACGAAAAGUCCUAUUCCCGAUACUUCAAGUUAUUUCCUUCCUCUUCCUGCUCCUGACGGUGGGCUGCUACUGUGUGGUUCCCGAGCUGCUUAGCGGUGGCGGGUGGUAUCAAUUGUUUCACGUCUUCUCCCUCAUGGUGGCCUACGCCAACCUGUUCGCCCAGGAUAUGUUCAGCAAGGACUGGAAGACUAACACAUGUUUAUUUAUGGGAAUUAUGCUUCAGUUUAGUUUCCUGUCCACUUUCUUCUGGCUGAACGUCUUGUGCAUUGAGGUGUGGAGAAAAAUUAGGAGCCUCAACAAGUUCCGUGCAGCCUCAGUCAUUCCCAUCUGGGUCUACGUGCUUUACGCUUUCGGGACACCAGUUGCUAUCACGAUCAUAACGGUGUGCAUGCACUUCUUUGCCCCAGAAGAUGUGCCUGGAGUAUGGAAGCCUCAUCUUACACGGAGCAUGUGUUUCUUCGAUGAUCCAACAAGACUCUUCCUAUAUUUCUAUGGACCCAUUGGCUUCCUGUUUGCUCUCAACAUUGCCUUCAUUAUCAAUACGUACUGGACCUGCAGGAAAGUUGAAAAUCAGAUCACUGAGCUGAAAGGAAACGUCUCAGAAAACACUGAUGAGAUACCAAAAGAACACAUUCGCCGCAAACGUGACUAUAUAUCGAAUUUCAAGCAACAGUUCUCUCUGCUGGUGGUGAUGUCACUUUGCUGGGUGACAGAAAUUUUGUCUUGGCUUAUUCCACCUCCUGAAAUGUGGGCUUUAACUGAUACGGUGAACACAUUGCAAGGAUUCUUUGUAUUUGUAAUUUUUAUUGCCAAUAGAGGCAAACAUAAACACCUGAAGAAGAAGUUUCCACUGGUCUUCAAGUUUUGGAAUCAAAUUAGGAAAGUCUUUCGCCAUUGCUGCUGCUGGUGCUGUCCAGAUGCCAAGGAGACCUGCCUGGCUCCACUUAGCAGCCUCACAUCACAAGUCAGCAAGAAACUCUCAUCAUCGUCUAUACAGUCAAGUCUGUUAACACUCAGUUCUUUGAAAUUUUCAAAAUUUUCUCUUUCAAUAGCCAACCAAGGUGACCUUGAUUCACAGAGUCCAUCUGCCUUGGAACAUGAUGGUGGCAUCACCAUAUCUCAUUCACCAGAAGCAGACUGCAGUGUCUUUAAUCAUGAAAAAACUGACACGCAGUGUUAGUUCCUAUUAUUGUGUUGUCUCUAUUAUAUUUUCUUCUUUCUUCUUCUUUUCUUCUUUUUUUCUUCUUCUGUGGGAUGUCCUUCAUAAAGAUGAACUGCGCCAUAGCAAAGGAAAAUAUGUAUUGUAGCUAAGAACACCAAUCAUAAGUCGUUUGCCAUUAAUUCAAGUUUGUUUUAUUCUUUUCUAUUCAGAAACAAUGAGGUUUGCUAAGUCUGUCACGAAUGUCUUGCCACAUAUAGGUUUUUUUUGGGGGGAGGGGGGAAAUGUUAGCAGAUGAGGUAAAGAUUUUUGUUUGUAAGAUUUUUUACCUUUCAUGGAUAAUUUUUGUGCUAAAAUGUGUUUUGGGAAGAGGCAAUAAAUAAGAUGGUGAUUACACUUACAACAAAAUCCACAGAUUUUAUCAGAGAAAUUGGCUGGGAAAAUAAAGGUGUAUCAAUGACUGAUAAUUAUAAUCAAUCCACUACUGAGUCAUUAAAGAUAUAUGGCAACAACUGUAUUAAUUAUGUGUUCAAUAUUUAAAGAAAAAAAAAAUGAGCAUCUUGGUGACCUACAUUUGAUCAAUCAAUCAAUCUGAGCCAAACAAUCACACCUUUAGCUAUCAGUGGCUGCUGAGCAACUCUUCUUUAGACUAAACUUUAUACAGCUUAUGAGAGAAAAAGAAAGCCAUAUUCUACAUAAUUUUCAGACUGCUCCAAACUGCUACUGAAACUUCAAAGACCUCCAAAUUACUAACAACAUUUUGGAGUUGCUUGUAGAGCUAAUUAAUCCCUCUGCUUCUUCUUCUUGGGUUUGGGAGGUGCACAAAAUUUUUGGCAGUCUUUAUAGUGAACCAGUAGAAAAAAAGUAAUUAUAAUAUUUUGCUCAUUGAUUAUAGAUUAUCUUGAUUGCACUAUUUGUUUGAUAAGUUAUGUUGCAUCAAAUGUAUUUUUGUAGUCAAAUCACUAAGGGCAUGCACAAUUAAGGCCAGAAUGUUGUGUUAGUGAUGAAAAUUUGUGUAGGUAAACAAUUAUUGGUAUCACUGCAACCAUGAAUAUUUUCAGAUUUAGUAAAAAGCAAUAAAAACUA